CUGGCAGUGCGAAACUUGACCUUCCAGUACGAAACUCCCCAACCAUCAUGGCGUUCGCAUUUUUUAACAGCGGUGGUGAAGAUUUCAUGGGAACUACCCCCAGUUGUCUCUCCUAUUCAGAGGUUGGUUGAUUUACCUCGAUGUUAACAGUAAAGGAUAUCUUCGACGCAUUGCCUUCUAGCCUCCUGAGCGAGGAAACCGAAGGUUACAUCCGAGCGGUUCUUGGGGAGUCUGACGAUACCCCUUUGGAGCUGGAUGAGGUGAAGGAGGUUUUGGCGGACUUCCUUCAAGACGCUGGUUGGAGUCAAACGCAAGUGGAUGGAUUUAUCGCUCAGUUUCGCCAAGCUACCCCCCAGGCUGAGCCCAACGCAGAGAGUGGGGAACACGAGCUUAAAAAGUUGGAAGAGUCAGUGAAACUCUCCGUGAACACCGAAGAAUCUGCACCGAAAUUAGUAGAUUUGAGCCCCUCGAAAGCAUCGUCACCGCCCCAAUCGCCUCGACGGCCUCCUCCCAAAACUAAACGCGUAGCAAAAACUGUUGAAGUGGUGGCCACAUCUCAGGUGUCGAGAUUUCAUGCGGAAACUUUGGACACACUCUCAAACGAUGUUGAUUUAAAAGGCGUCAAUAUCACUGUGGGGGAUCAUGCACUUCUUGUGGAUGCGAAUCUACGGUUGUUUAGAGGUGUGCACUAUGGGUUAAUCGGUCGUAAUGGAGUCGGCAAGUCCACUCUUCUCAAGUGUAUUGGGCACAAGCAGCUUAUAGGCUUUCCCACCAACAUCAAAGUCUUAUAUGUUGAGCAGCUGGAAGGGGUGGAAAUGUCAAGACCUGUAGUUCAGGUGGUUAUGGACGCUGACAAAGAGGCAUCACGUCUGCGAAGAGAGACACUCUUGAUUCAGUCUGUACUGGAAGCUCCCAAUCCAUGUGAGAUUGCAAAAGCAAUGCGUACCAUUCGGCUUGCUCGGCUCGUCGAAGAGAAAGAUGCAGCGAGUGAAUUGGCCGUUAAACGGAGCGGAGCUCGAGGAGCUGAAGCCAGAAAGCAGCUGAAACAGUUGGAGAGCAUGGUGGCAGAGAUGGAAGAAGCGCAUAAGGCUCCCAUUUCGCAAGAGGAGAUGGAUAAUGCCGCUUCAGAAGCGCAAGGAGUUCUAGCCGACCUGUACGCCAUGAUGGAUCUACAUGAUAACGAUGCAAUGGAAGGCAAAGUGCGGAGCAUAUUGAAGGGUCUUGGCUUUCCGGUUGAAUGGCAUGAUCGGCCGCUCGGAGAGUUGUCGGGUGGAUGGAGGAUCCGAGUCGCGUUGGCUGCGGCUUUGGCUCUGCGACCAGACGUACUGCUCCUUGAUGAGCCCACAAAUCAUCUCGACCUUCCUGCCAUUCUCUGGUUGCAAUCUUAUUUGGCGAGCUUAACAGAUACCACCAUUGUGACAGUCUCGCACGAUCGAGCCUUUUUAAAUGCGGUCGCACAGGAGAUCAUAGUUUUUAAAGAUCAGUCACUAACGUACCACACCGGGAAUUUCGACGAAUACUUGCAGCAUACUGAAGAGGAUCGCAAGUACAAGGAGAAGAUGGCAGAUGCUAUAGAAAAAAAGAGGACAACAGCAGCAAAGAGCGUGCAGACCGCAAUGGUUCGUGCCCGUCAAAGCGGAGACGACAAAAAGAUGGCGGCUAUGGCAUCAAAACAAAGGAAACUGGAACGAUUGGGUAUGGAAGUGAACGAAAAAGGCCAUCGCUUCAAACUGAAUCGCGAUCGCGCUGGGUACCACAGCACUAUGCGUGAAGAAGUAAAGGUGGAACGGGCUGAGCAAGCUUCAGCGUGGUCGAUCGCGAAUCCCACACCUUUGCGGCAAGGGCAUGCCAUUCUUGAGGUUGAAGGCGUAUCCGUGGGAUUCGAUGCACGUCAACCAAUUCUUUCGGACGUCACUAUGAAUGUGACCCAAUCGUCUCGAAUCGGGAUCGUUGGAGCCAAUGGAAGCGGGAAGACUACUCUUGUGAAAGUGCUUGUUGAUGAGUUGUCCCCAUUCAAAGGCCGUGUGAAUCGACAUCCUACAGCCAAAAUAGGAUAUUUCACUCAGCAUCAUGUCGACGAUCUUCAUAAAUAUCCAGCCGACACAUCCGCGAUCUCGCUGCUACUCCAAAAUCAACCUGGGAUGCGGGAACAGGACGCACGCGCACAUCUUGGAAAGUAUGGCAUCAAAGACGCGGUCGCGCUCCACCCUCUAAGACAUUUGAGUGGAGGGCAAAUGGUCCGAGUUGCAUUUGCCUUGAGCACUUUUGGCUCGUCGCCACACCUGUUUGUUCUAGACGAGCCGACCAACCAUUUAGACUAUUUAACUACACAAGCGAUGAUAGAAGCUUUGAAGAACUUUGAGGGAGCAGUUGUUAUUGUAUCGCACGAUCAAUAUUUCGUUUCUGAAGUUGCGAACGAGGUGUAUUUGGUUAUGGACGGACAUGUAAACCGGUUGGAGGGUGGUAUGCAGGAGUAUGUAGCGCUAUGUACCAGUCGAAAACGAUUGAAAUAAUCGUGAUCCUUGGAUAAGGCAUAACCAAAAGCACGCCCCA